UAUGAUGGAGAUGGUUUAUAAUAUUCAAAUGCAACAUAAACUUGUUUAGAUAUAUAUAUACACACACUUCAGGCUUGACCCCUUAGCAUCAUCAUAUCUUGUCUGACACCAUCUUCAAACUUCUUCAUUUUCCUUCAAGGGAAUUCCAAUGGCGAUUUGGUUUUCGAGAUAAAGAAGCUUAAACCAGCUUUUACUGAGUUCAAGAGUUGCUCUCUUGUCUCUUCUCGACAAGAGAUGUUCAUCAUUUGCCACUAUAGCUGGUUGUUAGUGGCGGUUGCGGUGGUGUUAAGAAGCUGCCGGUGACUAUUUACGGCCAGUCUGCCGCCGCCAUUUUCAUAUCGAGACGUUUUGAGUCCAUGAAAGCUGGGGAGCAACUGGAUCUCUACAACUGCAGGGUGGAUUAUAAUGAUGGCCUUAAUGACGAAGAUCAGACGAUGGACUUACCAGGAGGAAAGGUUCCAAUUACAACUCAAAUGAAGUUUAUCUCAGAGUCAUCUGAAAAGAGAUUACCUUGUUAUCGAGUCUUUGACACUAAUGGCUAUCUAAUUCCAGGCAGUAUAUUUGAGCAGGCCAUGACAUAUAGAGUAAGCCACCAUUCAACAUCUGAUGAUUCAACUAAGUAUCAGUGCGUAAAGGAAAUAGAGCAGUGGAGAACAGCAAGAAACCCUGUAACCAGAUUUAGAAAUUGGAUUCAGAGAAAUGGCUGGUGGUUUGAUCAAAAUGAAACUGAACUUUGCGGAAACAUCAGAAAACAGCUUUGAUUUAGGUAUUGGAAGCAAUUCAAGCAACAGAGAAAGUGGAGAAACCUCCAUUGACAGACUUAUUUGGUGACAUUUAUGACGAAAUGCCAUCAAAUCUGCACGAGCAAGAGAAGUUUAUUAGAGAUACUAUUAAAAGAUACCCAAAAGAUUAUCCUUCUGACGUGCCUGUAUAGGCUAUAUAUUUCCUCUGAUUUAAUUUUCAUAUAUCAAGAUUAUAAUAAUCUGUAAUAGCUA